AUUUUCCGAACCGCAUUGGAUAUGGUGCCAUUAACUUGGAAGUGUUUGAGUGAGCCAAACGUUUGUCGUUUUCUUUAGCUUUAGCAUUAUUUGGUUGUAAUUAAAUCCAGGAAAUAUCAAAACAAUGAGUUUAGACACUCUCGGAUCAAGCUCGAAGAGUCCGUACGCCCAUGGCAGGAAGUGGCGCCGACGGGAAGAAACCGGAGUCACGGCAGAGGAAUAUCGCUUUUCGCGUCCUUUAACCAUUCUCAAUUACAACCUCCAGGAACCAUUGGAUCCAUUCACCUCACCCGGAAGUCCGUACCAUGUUCGAAAACCUAUAAUCGCCUAUGAACGUAGCCUUCAAUGGGUAGAACAACAACAGCAUCAUCAACACGAGAACGAAGAGCAUUGGAGAAGCAGUCACGAAUCUGAGUUGAAUGUCUGCCACCAUCAUCAGCAUCCGAGUAUUCCACAUCAGAACGGCGUUAAUGAAGCGAUUUGUUACCCACAAGAGCUGCAGCAGCAGCAGCACCAUCAGCAGCAGUUUCCCAUAAUCAUAAAUAGUACCCGAAACAUGCACCAUAUUCGACAACGGUUACGGCGAGAUCCGGAACAUCAGGGAACCCGCACCAUCCGCUCGACACGCGUUAUCAACAAGGCUGGCGAACGGAACGUGCAGUUCAUCAAUUUACCCCAGAAGUCUGUCCGUUUCGUUAAGGAUCUUGUUACAACACUGGCAUUGUGGGGUCCGGAUGAAACAUUUUCCCGGACGGAAACGGAAAUCAGCGAUAUACAAACGCAGCGAGUGAUCCGGAAAGCUUACUUCAAGCAGAAACUUCAGCAGCACCCAAUUCACCAUCAGCAAUAA